UCUCUACAGCAUGGAGUUAAGAUUUUUUGAAAAUUAAUUUUUUUUGCUAGCCUUUAAAAUGGAACAUAUUUAGGCUUAUGUGUAGGCUUUAAAAGAAUAAGAUUCUAAUGGGAAUAUUAAUGUUUAUAUGGAUAUAAAUAAUGAUUGGGCCUGAUGCCUACUUAUGUACAGCUUAUCCUGUUGAAGAUGAGGAAUAUUAUAUUUAUAAGUUUGAAGCUUUGGCCAAUGCAGCCACUGCCCACCACAUGUUGUUGUAUGGAUGCGAUGGUGAACCUUUAUCUACAGAGAGCAUCUGGGACUGUCCAGGCAUGUGCAAAAAUGGUUGGUCUACUAUUAUGUUUGCUUGGGCCAAAAAUGCUCCUCCAACUGUCUUGCAUAAAGGUGUAGCUUUGAGGGUCGGCAAGAACACUUCCAUUAAAACUAUUGUACUCCAGGUACACUAUGCAAAGAUUUUCAAAGAUUCUGAGCCUACUGAUCAUUCAGGUCUUAAGAUAUACACCACAUUUCAGAAUUUGUGGCUGGAAUAUUUCUUUUGGCUAGUUACUGGUUUCAAAUUCCACCCCAAGUGUCAUGCAAAGUUAUCACAGGCUAUCAAUACAAUGGGACUUAUCAUGAAUAGGCAAAGGGAAUCCCCAAUGGCCACAAGAACUGUCCACUAAUGUGUAAAAAUGGUCAGUCCUCAAUAAUGUUUGCCUGGGCUAAGAAUGCUCCUCCAACUGUCAUGCCCAAAGGAAAAUGUCAUGAAGUUGUGAUGCUUCUUGAUGCUCUUGAAGAUGGACAGUGAGAUGGUACUUGGCAUCGUAAACAACAUUAUUGUGAUGUGAUGAACUUUUAUCUUGUACAACGUGUACAGCUUGAACCUUGUACAAAAUUGACUAAAAUUUUACACAACACAUCAGAAGUUGUUAGCCUAUCGCACAACCCCUGUGUCCCGGGGAGGGGGAGGCACCUUUUGUCUGGCCUCUUUCCUAACAGACCUGUCCGGCUUGGUAGUACCUGCCAGGAGUGAUGAGCUCCCGCCGGUAUAGCUCUGAGGGUCAUUGAGGCACUCAAGCUGUCACACCACGGCAAGGUAUGUGCAUCAGGUGACAGCCCCAGUAUGUUGCUGGUAUAUUUUUGUUGGCUGCUGGCUUCACCAUCCCACCACAUGUAAAUUUGUACCCUGUAGACAUAAGCUGUACAUUCAGAAUGGACAAGAGUAUCUUUCCCUUUGCCUACAGAACACAUUCUCAUGGAUUAGGUCGAGUCAUCACUGGUUACCAACACAAUGGUUCUUAUCAUAAGAUUGGCAAAGGAAAUCCACAAUGGCCACAAUCUUUUUACCCAGUGAAAGAUAUUAUUGAAGUCAAACCUGGAGAUGCUUUGGUAUGUUU